GGCACUGCACUCCAACACAUCACUGACUGAAAGGAGGCGUUGCUGCGAGUUUGCGGAAGUGACAGCCGGCUGAGAGAGGAAGGAAGCGAGGUAACCGGGCGGAUUCUUGCAUACAGACAUUCCGGCUCAUUGAAAAAAUAUUUCUUUCUUUUUAGAAAACGAAUUUAAAUUUAAAAGGCAAAGCAGCCAAGAUGUCGAAGAACGUGUCCUCUGACCGCUUCAGGAAGGUGGAUGUAGAUGAGUACGACGAGAACAAGUUUGUGGACGAGGAAGAGGGAGGAGAAAACCAACAGGGUCCGGAUGAAGGGGAAGUUGAUUCCUUAAUCAGACAAGGAAACGUGAUGGGUGCUCUCCAGGCAGUCCUGAAAAAUCCACCAAUGAACACAAAGAACCAAGCACUGAAGGACCGGGCGGAGGGUCUUGUCCUAAAGGUCCUGAGCUCCUUUAAAAGUGGUGAUAUUGAGAAGGCUGUGCAGUCCCUGGACAAGAAUGGUGUGGAUCUCCUCAUGAAGUACAUCUACAAGGGGUUUGAGCAGCCCACAGAAAACAGCAGUGCGAUCUUACUGCAGUGGCAUGAAAAGGCUUUAUCUGCUGGUGGCGUAGGAUCUAUUGUUCGAGUCUUAACUGCCAGAAAAACCGUUUAGCACAUGCCUGGAGCUGCUCUGCAUAGAGAGGGAUUUGCUUGUUCAAAAACCAAGAGAGUCGUUCAAAUGGCCCUGUGCAGGACUCCAUUCUUCCUGUGGACCCUUCUUGACCUCUGCUUGCUUUAUAUCUUUUGUAUUAUUUUCCUGAAAUAACUUUGUUAUCAAGACCAUGGUGCAGCGUUAGUUAGAUUUGUUAGACUUUGUAUCACAAGCAUUUCAAUUGGACUUAUUUUCUUUUAAGUGAAAAUGUAUAAAAAAAAAAAAAGACUGUUACAGUAUAUUGUGUAUUUGAGACUUUUUUUUUAUCCAUUAACCAAUUUGUGGCUAAAAACAAGGUCCCCGAACAUGUCAGUGCAGUUUGCAAAGGUCAGAAGAGAAAGGAGCUUCCAUUGGUACUGUAUACUAACCCCGAUGAAAAUGACCAGGGGUAGCCUUUUCUGAUUUCAAAUGCUGUUCUGCAUCAUCUGGCACGUAAACACCUGUUCUAUUUUGCGACCCUUUCAGGAUGCUGCAGUAGCUCUUUGCUCAACGCCAAUCUUUUACUUUACUGUAGUUGUAACUAGAAGCAAGGAGAGUGGAGUUCAGUCUGUUCCUGUUCUUUUUUUUUUUUUUCUCCAACCUUGUGGUCCAACAUAAUGACAAGCUUUAGCCUGGUUAAUCAAAGCUCCUGCCAGGCAUUACAUCUGCUCUGUGAUUUUCAGUAUUAUUUCCAGAUCAACCAAAUUAAUGUUUUCGUGCCACAGUAUCUUAACAUUUCAAAAAAGUAUUUUUGGACCAAACAUUUGGACCCGAAUUUUCUCUCCUUGUUUUUUCUACCUUCUUGAUUACUUCAUUUUAUAAUUAAAUUGCUGACUAGAACAAUUAAAUACACAGUGCAAUAAAACCUUUAAGUGUGAUUGCAAAAGCCAUUCAUACUGUAAGGGACACAGACUGAACUCUGUCCUAAACAAGUGUAAAGGGGAAAUUUGGUGAAAUAUUUGAUUAAUUGGUACUAUUGGCAUAAUGAGUUGAUCAGAAUCAUUUUACUAACUGGUUUACAGACUGCCUUAUUAAAUGGUCC